AUGGCACGCGUAGCUAUGACAGGGACCGCGGCCGCGGACCCGGUGGCGGACGGGGCUGGUGCGCAAGCGCCGGCCACCGUCAUGCCGCCGGGGAUGCGCAGCGGACGCUGGAAUGGCUCCGAUCGCGUGCAACUGGAGGACGCGGUGAUGGUCGCAAGGAUCGCAGGUGCGUCGCAGGUCAGGCUGAUAAGGCCUGGCUACGCGACCAUCGAGAUCGACCUGAAGCACGAGAAGGCCGCGGGCGACCGCGCGUCGGUGCAGGCGGCGGAGCGCUCGUACGUCGAGCGCACCGCGCCAAAGAAGAAGGAGCUCACCAAGGAGCAGCUCGCGGCUCGGGCCGCGGCACGCAAGGCCAAGAAGGCCCGGCAGAAGGCGCGCCGGGCGAAGGAGGCUGGCGAGCGCGCCGCGAGCGAGGCCGAGCGCGCGGAGGCCCCGCGGGCGCAGCUGCGCGAGAACAUCCAGUACGUGAUGGCCGGGCUGCGGACUGCAGCUGCGCAGACGCGCAGCCAGGCCGGGUCCAAAAUAGAGGUCGAAUAUUCGCUGCCCCCGGAGAGGGACGACGGAUAUCGGCGCGGCCCCAGCAAGGUGUACGCCAAGGUUCCCCAGGGGACCGUGGCGACGACCGUCGCCUCGGACUGGCUCGCAACCGAGCUGGCCGAGUAUGGAGAGAUAGAUGCGGCAUGCCGCGACAGAUUCGUCAUGCACCUGAUGACGGCCGCCGGCGCCUCGGCGCCGGCCGACGCCGUGUUCAGGUUCACAGCCGGCGAGGCGAUGCAGACCUCUCGCCCGAUCUCCGCGUCGGGCGAGGACGACGACGAGGACACCGGCUCCGAGGAGUAUUCCGACGACAGGGCGUCCGACCGCUAG